AUGAAUUUUUCACAAAAGCAAUUCGAAAACCAAAUUGAAGAAAUUAAUCGACUUAAACAUCAGCUUGAACAAUCUAAACAGGCUUAUGACUGUUUAUAUCAACAACUCCAGAAUUUACUACGUCAUCGUUUUGGCACACAGUCAGAACGCGACAUUGAUCCCAACGAUCCUCAGGGCGAUUUCUUCAUUGAGGAUAAUACGGCAAGCCAUGUAGAGCCAGAAGAGCAUGCCGAGAUUAACAUACUGGCACAUACGCGCAAGGUUAAAAAGAAAAAGGGUCUAUCACAGUACCCACGCAUCAUUGAAAUCAUUCCUGUACCUGAUGACGAGAAGCAAUGCUCAUGUGGCUGCAUGAAAAAAGUAAUACGCCAUGAGAUAAAAGAAUUAUUUGAUUACAUACCAGCUGUUUUCCGUAUCGUUGAGCAACGACGCGAGGUGGUUGCGUGCCCAAAAGGUUGUGGUACGAUUCAAACCGCAGCAGCGCCUUUACAUGUACUGCCUAAAGUUAAAGCGACUGAAUCGCUGCUAGCGCAUGUUGUUGUUUCUAAGUUUUAUAACAGGCAACCGUUAUACCAUUUAGAGAAAUAUGGUCACCCAGUCGAGAUGUCACGUAAAACCAUGGCAAGCUGGAUGAUUCAGUUGGUAACGCCCUUGCAACCUGUUUUUAAUCUCAUGAAAGAUCACAUUAUCGAUUAUAAUAUCGCGAGUAUUGACGCCACAACACUACAGGUUUUAAAUGAGCCUGGGCGCCCAGCUAAACGCAAGUCGUAUCUUUAUUGCUUGCGAGGCGGGCCGCCAGAUAUGCCAGCUAUUUUAUACAGUUACAAUGCACUGAAACAAAAGCAAUUCGUCGAUGAAUGGCUGGAAGGAUUUAGUGGCUGCAUUCAUAUGGAUGCUGAUUUUUUCUUCAGCGCGCUGCUUGCUGAUUCUAACGUGUUACCCAGUUACUGUAAUGCGCAUGCAAGGCGCCGUUUUGAGCAGGUCAAGAAGCUGGCCAAGAAGAAUGGAUUAGCGCAUGAAGCAAUACGUUAUUAUAAGAAGCUUUACAGAGUUGAGCGAUAUGCAAAAAUAACAACAUGA